AUGGGAGACCGGUCUCAUAGGGUCAGAAGAGUCGAUGUGCGAAGCUCAGUGUCCCAGUCUUGGGCUCCGCUCGGCAUCGACCCCGCCGAUACUCGGGCUCGGGAUUCCCUCCUACGAUUCAUAAAACGAGUCUAUGCUCCACUUGUGAACGAUUACCUGCUGGUGAGAAACGUAUCAGAUGCGAGGGACAUACUGAGAUCCGGGGCUUUCAGAAAAGAGUUCAGACAAACAUGCCUAGAAAACUAUCAAAAGCUGCCAAAAUCAAUCCAGGAUUACGAGCCAGAUCGCGAAAAGGUUGUCGAAUCUGUCUAUGAUGUUCUUCGGUAUUUCAUAUACCAUGAUGCAUCCUGGCGGGUCCACAUGGAGCUGCCCCAAGGUGCUAUCAAGAGAAAGACACCUGAGGAAACGCCCGAGAAGACGACCCCGAGCGCGGGAGCUCAAAGCAACAAGGCCACGAAGACGAUGGUGAAAAGCUCUUCUCCCUCUGCUUCUUCUCCCGUUUCGCGCCAAGCUGUUUUGCGCCGAGCAUCUCCUCGCACUCCAGUUCCUCCCCGUGUCUCUUCACGUCUGUCUCUUCGUGGCACUGCUCCCCCACCCACUGAUCAUUCUCGGGACUCUGCUACUCCUGCUUCUCCUCCUCCUCGUGCCCCUCGUGUGUCACGUAUGCCCACCAUGGCUGCCAAUUCUUCUUCUCCUCCUGCUUCUCCUCCUCCUCGUGCCCCUCGUGUGUCACGUAUGCCCACCAUGGCUGCCAAUUCUUCUUCUCCUCCUGCUUCUCCUCCUCCUCGUGCCCCUCGUGUGUCACGUAUGCCCACCAUGGCUGCCAAUUCUUCUUCUACUCCUGCCACUCGCCGUGUGACUUUCAAUCUUCCAUCCGGCUUGUCUGAUUCUGAUCGUGCUCCUUCUGCUUCUGCUUCUGCUUCUGCUUCUGCUUCUGCUUCUGCUUCUCCUGCUUCUGCGCCCCCUCGUCCUCCUGUGCCUUCUCUUGUCACUCCGAAGACCCCACAGACCAAAAGGCCAAGAGAGGAGGACCAAAUGGGUGCAACUGGCAACCCAGCGAAGCCGAAGUAUCCGCGACUGCCUCGCGUGCAGGAAGUUCCACGCCUGCCGCGGCCUCGAGUAUCUCCCCGCUCUAACCCCGCUGGCGACCCCUCUCGGGGACGGCAGAUUGAAACCGAGGAGAACGCCGAGCCAACCAUCGCCAUUCCAAGAGAGUCAUCUUCUCCAAGAGAGUCAUCUUCUCCAGAAGAGUCCACUGAGCAAGAAGAGUCCACUGAGCAAGAAGAGUCCACUGAACAAGAAGAGUCCACUGAACAAGAAAUGCCACGCCCGCCUGCUCCGCGUCGCCCACGUCCUAUCAAAGGCACACCAGAGUGGGAGAUUGAAUAUCAGAGGCGUUUGAUUCCGCUACGCUUUUACAACCGGGGUUGUGACUACGAUCUGCUGGAUGAAGAUUGGGUGAUGGACUCUGACCCUGCUGAUCCAAACUAUGGCUUACGGGAUCCGGCUCGCGGUUCCAUUUUCGGUACGCCCGAGGAGCCCAGAUAUCGCAGAUUUCCCUGGGAGAGAGAUCCAAGCAAAUAUUGCAUCGACGGCCUUGUGCACGAGACUCAAAAGGUCCGUCCGACUCAACCCGAAAUGGUGCGCGGCUAA